AUGCGUAAGGACAAACCGAUCAAUGUCGGCCUAUGGAAGUGGUCACGCCAUCCGUCAUAUUUUGGCGAGAUGCUCUGCUGCCUCCGCCCAUCUACCAAGGCUGCACAGUAUGGUGCGGUCGUGUCCCCGCUUUUCACCAUGUCCUUGCUCCUCUUCGCUUCUGGCCUCCCAACUGCGGAGAAGCCGCAAGCGCGCAAGUUCUACCUGCUCUCGCACCCUCUGCCAGGGUCCGAGGAAGACUACAGCUCGGUGACGCGCAGGACGGUUGAAAGUAACACUGAAGAUGACAGCUCCAUCACGCCCGUCGCGAGGCUCGCUGCGAGCUCCGCGUGGGCGAACUACCAGGCGUACCGCUCGCAGACGUCCGUCCUGUUCCCGCUCCCGCCCGCACUCUACCGCCGCCUGCCGAGGUUUGUGAAAUAG